CAGGAAUUUUUUUAAAAUGGACAAAUAUAUUCGAGAGGCGUUCCUUAAGUCACCGGAUACAGCUUUGCCUUAGUAUAGAUAUAUUAAUAGAACCAAACCUACACUCGCUUCUACUUCUCUAGUGUCUUGAGAUCUAAACUUUCAAUACUCAUCUGAUUUAGUACAGUGCCGACAGACGGGAAAUUUUUUUAUUUUUUUCAAGUUCCAAUAUAUAAUUUGUGUAUUGUGUUAUGCGAUUUUUUCAAAGUUAUAUUAUUUUCUACAUGAUAUAUGUUCAUUUCAAAUAAUUAUCGGCUCUACCUGAAGUUUUGCAAACGCAAUGUUUGCGCUUACGCUUAUCACUGCAGGUGACUUUUUUAUCACAUGUACACUUCGAACUUAGGUCACUUUAUGCCGCUGCUGCAGUUUUAUUCUCUUUCCACAGAGAAACUUUUUAAAAGUACAAAAAGAAUCGAAACUAUACUAAAAAAUGGAUUACAAAUCUAAGUCAACAUUUCGAAAAAGUUGUUUAUACAGAAAAAAGUUAUUUUCUCUGUUGGCACUCUUGACACUGACAACAUUGUCAAUUAUAAUUUUCUUUUUCUACAUUUCGAAAAUAGAAUCGAAAAUCAAUUUCAAUGAUGAUGUUAUUCCAAGUGAAAAAUAUCAAAAAACAUUUCCUGUUUCAGUACUAAGUAAAUAUUACAAUUUUUCAAAUGACAAUAAGUGGUACAACAGUGAAAAUGUCUCGCAGAGAAAUAAGGAACUCAUCCGUGAAGUUAGAGAGAAUUGGAUAAUUGAAAAACCCAAACACACUAAUCAGAAUUAUUCGCUCAAAUUUCCAGAGGUGAAAGACCCUUCAAUGGGUCAGGCUGAAGUAAUACGGGAAAUUUUCAGUAAUGCGAAAAAUGGUUUUUUCAUCGAAUGCGGAGCAUACGAUGGCGAGACUCGUAGUAAUACAUUAAAUCUUGAACGUUAUUUUGGAUGGACCGGAAUUUUAAUAGAGGCAGAUCCAAUAAAUUUUGCAAAAAUGACUUUAAAAAAUCGAAACGCUUAUUUAUCGCCAACAUGUCUCAGUAUUACACGUUAUCCAACAGUUUCAUCGUUUUUAAUGGCGGAUAAUAUUGGACGGCUUCAUGAAAUUGACGAUAAUCCAGAACUUACAAAUAGUCCGGAUAUUGCUCAUAAGGGAAAACACAUUAAUGUCCAAUGUUUUCCAUUGAUCACUUAUAUUCUUGCACUAAAUCGAACGAGCGUUGAUUAUUUUAGUCUCGACAUUGAAGGCAAUGAAAUUCAAGUGCUUGAAACUAUACCAUUUCACUUGGUUGAUAUUAAAACACUGUCUGUGGAAUAUAUUCACAACACAGAAAGUAAAAAAUAUAUGAUUGAUCUGAUGAAGGGAAACGGUUAUUACGUCUACAGUUAUGUCGAACACGAUAACAAUCUAGCAAACGACAUUAUUUUUGUUAAAGAAACUUUCAUACCCUCAGCAAAGAAAAAAUCCAAUUUCCUCCUGAAUAUGUUGUAAAAAUUGUGAAAUAGUAUUUUCUUUUUCUUAUAAAUUAUUCACAAUUUUACAAGAAAAAAAAAUUAACUGUGAUUUCUAUUAAAAUGAAAAUCUAUGUAAGAAAUAAUAAGACAAACGAAAAUAUUCUGACAAAGGAAAUUUUUAAUAUUUUCCAUUGCACAGAUUCUUGUUUAAUUUUUAAUAAAUUUUUAAAUAUA